UCAUUGGUUCCACCUAUUUAUGGAUUCAUUGGUUGGUUCUUGUAUGUGCCAUGACUGGGGCUCGAACCCGCAACUUGGGCACAUCGGGACGAUGUCCUAACAACUGAGCUCCCCGCCAGGGCGAAGAACACUUCUUGACCACAGGGAGCCGCCUGCUGUGUCAGUGCUCAGGCUGCCGUAGCGAGGCCCCGCGGAGCAGGCGGCUUUAACAACCGAAAUUCAUUCUGACGUGCUGGCCGAGGAGCAGUCCAGAAUCAAGGUGUCAGCAGGCUGGUUUCUUCUGAGCCUGUCUCCGUGUGGGCGGCCGGCUCCUUCCUGAGUCCCCACCUGGCUGUCCGUCUGCCUGGGUGUCCUAACUCAUACGGACACCAGUCCUAUGGGAUUCGGGCCCACCCCUCUGACCUCCUUUUAGCUCAAUUACCUCUUUAAAGACCAGUCCAUUUUGAGGUGCUAGGGGCUGGGACUUCCGUAUAAAUUGUGGGGGGGGUCCCAGGUCAGCACCUGAACCCGCUUUCUGACUGGCUUUGUCACAUUGCCUCCCCUCGUGGGCCCCGGUGCUGCAUGUCUAAAACGGCACGGCUUGCCCCGGGCCCACCAAGCUUGGGACUAGUGGAUAUGGGAUGCCAACCCGGCUGCCCCUUUCUCUCGCCAGGUGCUGCAGGCUGGCGUGUGCGUCCCUGCAGCGCCACGGGCUCCACACGGCGGCGAGACACUGCAAGGCCCGCACGGGCGCUGAGCACCUGUGGCUGACGCGGCACCUGAAGGACCCAUUCGUGAAGGCGGCGAAGGUGGAGAGUUACCGGUGUCGGAGUGCCUUCAAGCUUCUGGAGGUGGACAGGAGGCACCGGAUCCUGCGGCCCGGCCUCCGGGUGUUAGACUGCGGGGCGGCCCCCGGGGCGUGGAGCCAGGUGGCGGUGCAGAGAGUCAAUGCUGCAGGCACAGAUCCCAGCAGUCCCGUGGGCUUUGUGCUCGGGGUCGAUCUUCUUCACAUCGCCCCCCUGGGAGGAGCGACGUUCGUGUGCCCCGCUGACGUGACGGACCCACGGACCCUGCAGAGAAUCCAAGAGCUGCUUCCCGGCGGGAGAGCAGAUGUGGUUCUGAGUGACAUGGCCCCCAACGCCACAGGCAUCCGGGGCCUGGACCACGACAGGCUCAUUGGCCUGUGCUGGUCGCUUCUGGACAUGGCUCCAGACCUGCUGUGUCCCGGGGGCACAUUUCUCUGUAAAACCUGGGCUGGAAGUCAGAGCCACCGGUUACAGAAGAGACUGAUGGAGGAAUUCCAGAGCGUGAGGACCCUGAAGCCUGAGGCCAGCAGGAAGGAGUCCUCAGAGGUGUACCUCUUGGCCACACAGUACCGCAGAGCCCGGGGGCCCAGGGGGGCCUGAGCUCCCUCCCACCCUUGCAGGGCCUGGUCACCGCACACGUCGCUGUACUCUGCAGGGCUGGGAGGCCCGGGCUUGACCUGGGAGGCAGCGGGCAGGACAAGUGGGGAUCUUUCUAAACCGAAGAGGACAGAACUGUAUUCAGUGGCCAUGAUAAAAAACGGUCUGUCACGUGAUUUGUGAAGAGGAAGUUAUCCUGAGAGAGGGACAAAGAUGAAAGGACGAGCCGACAGGCUGGGCAGGGAAGGAUAAACACAGGCAGCCGGAGAGACGCGCCUGCCACACGCUCGUCUUACGGGCUGAAGUGGCCACAGAACAGGGUCCGCCUCUGCUCCGGACAGCGCAGGUUUCCAGCUGAGAUUUUGGCUCUACAGCGUCAUGUGGGAAAAUCUGAAAUUCCCGUCUGGGGACUAAAUUCCUUCUGGUGAAUGAUCCGGAGAUGCAUCCACCCUUCAAGCAGCAAUGUCCCCAGGCAGUUAGGGAGACACUCGUGUGAACUGUGCAUGGGCGGGUGUGCUUUGGGUUUUGCUGGAAAGACAGGGCUGUAAUACUCGGGCUCCCUGGACAGUAAAGGUCAUUGCCAAAGCAGGCA